CAGCUCGACAUCGCUUUUUCUGCUAUAUUGACAUUCUUUAAUGCCGCUGUAGACUUUGAAGGAGCAUCGAGCUAGUGAGCGAUCAUAGUGAGAGAAAAAGAGGACGGGCUCAUUGGCCGUUAACGGGAGAGCGCUGAGCGAUGCCACCAGCCAGGCAAGCAAUCAAGUGCAGUCUGCUUCAACAGAAAACCACUCGUCGUACUGGUACACUUCGUCGAAAAAAGAAGGUGGAAUACGGAGAAGCAUGUUGGGUGGUCUUAUGCGUUCACGAUGACAAAAUUCCCAUUCUUGAAUGGUACCACUGUGAGGAGUCAGUAAAGCAACAUCAGCCUUUCAAAGUCUUGGAUCUUCUGUUUGCUAACUACGUGAGCUCCGUAGUGGCCGAUAGGCGUUCGUUCAUUAUCGGACUGCGAGAUUUGGAACCAAUCGAAUUGGCUGCACUGCAUCCUGAAGUUUGUUCGGAGUGGGUGAACUGCACAACGGAAACGUUGCGAAGGCUGGCUAUUCUCGAUCACACUUCGAACAUUUACGGCUCAACACCUUUAAUUAAGAAGUGCGAGAUCAACGAGUCACGAACUCCUGGUAUCCUUGACACUCCUGUACCUUCCCCGGCACAAAUGUCCACAGAGACAUCUCCACGCCAUCGGGUUUAUCCUCAUGACCCGCUAACCAAUAACAGAAACUCGCAGUUUCACCCUUCACAAUCGGUCAAGCCACCUCUUCCUCCUCGUUCGAAUAUACAGUUCCCAAACAGGCCCCAUACUGCGUCCACUGACAGCGAGCAGAGAAUCGAAGAUACUACGUACGAUGUUCUCACAACUCAGAACCGUACUAGCAUUGAUACUGACAAAGACGGUGACUGGUACGACAGUCCACGAAAGGUUUAUGAUACCCUAAGUCCAGGAGCUUCAUCCUCAAAUGUGUCCUCAUCUCCUUUACAAUCUACACUGUCCACUACGUCUCUGUGCAGUAGCUUGUCAAGCGAGUUACGACUUUCGUCUUCGAAUCCUACUGGAGAAAGCACUAAUGGCGAUUAUGAUUGUCUACGGUCUGCUAGCGAUAGCCCUAUGAAAUCCGUAGCUCUCAAUUUAUCGGUGCUUGUAGAACAACUGCUGUUCGUCGAAGUUGCUGGGAGAGUAUGGGUUGCCGGCUGGUCAGAAUCAAGCGAUCGCCAUCUAGGACAGCUUUUUAGUUUCGGAGAUGAACUUAUUGAGGUGGAGAACAUGCCUGUUCGAGGAAUUUCGAGCAUCCCGCAAUUGUUUUACACGCUCUCCUCCCCGGGCACUCCAGUCAACCUGCUUUUGAGGCCUACUCCUUUCGGAGUUACAUAUCGACUUAUGAAACCGAUAACAAAGAAUAAGGAGAUUGGUAUUCGUCUUCACAAGAAUAAGAAUAGGAUUGAAUCCAUCAUUCCGGAUUCGUCAGCUGAUCGGCGCAACAUUCCCAUUACCAUGCCAUCACCAAUUCGGUCAGGAAUGGAUACCGCUGUGGUGAUUACUGAGGUGAACAAGCGGCGAUUAAAUCCAUUCUCGAAGAACGAUCAGCUCUUCAAAAGGUUGGAUGAGAUUCGAGACGGAAGCGAGUUUACGAUCGUUUUGCAUCCACACGACUUCAUCAAGCAACUGAAACAACAAAUUCUUGCUGUUCAUCACUACAAGGCGUUUCUUUGCCAAUAGUACUCACAGAAAUUAUCUUUUUCUGAGAAAAGUGAUUCCAAAUCAGCCAAAUAUAAAUAGGUUAGGACAUUUAAGACGCCUUCAGGCGUAAUCAGUGAAAUUUUUGCUUUGUUGCGUUUUACGCAUUUAUGGAUUGUUUAUUCUACUUAUUUUAGUCUUGUAAAUAGGAGUGUGCGUUAAGUCUGGUAAUUUGUCAUUGCAUGAGCAAAGCAUACGGGAUACUGCCUCUAUAUCGCAUAUAUCUCAAAGAAUUUCUUGUACACAUUUUUUCCAUUUGUAUGAAUAAAUCGUGCG